AUGUCGAACACAAGUGUUUACCAGUUAUUCUAUCAACUCUGCGAUAUCUUUGCCGGCGAUACCAUCACUCAAGGUGUCACUUUACGUAAAGAACGUAGUAGCCACGACAGAAAAAUCCUCAAUAAGCAACUACUUGCGAUCGCUUACCAACAAUUGCUAUUUGGAGGAUUGAAUAGCUGGGCCAAUGGGGAUCAUGCUAACGAAAGCUUUCACCACAAUUCAUCAAAUCACUGGCGUUUUAUAGCGUAUGGGAUGUAUUUAAGUUAUGCUAAAAGACAACAAGAUGCUGUAAAGUUGGAUACAUUACUAAAUCAACUUUUAGACCGCGUAGGUGAUACACAACAAAUUCUUUCCUUUUUAUUACUUAUGGCCGGUAAUACAAUUGAAUCCGACUUUGCUAUGGAAGAUUUCGGAUCAAAGCAAAAGGUUACACAAAAGAUUCCGACCGAGCCGAGAUUAUGCGGAACUCCUCUCCAAUUAACGAAUUGCAAUCAAUUUUUUGCGCCAGAUUAUGAUAUAAUAUGUGAUCCCAGCAAGUAUCCUUUUCUUACGAGCAACGUAGAAUGGAAUAAAGCUGGAUCUAACCUUUUCGGAGGGAUAGUUCACUCUAAUGUCUAUCACUUAAAUGAACGUUUAAAUUUUCCCAGGCUUUAUCAAGAUGAAUAUCAAAACUUUAAUGCCGAAAGAUAUCUAGUUGCCCGAAAAAAUCAUAAUAAAACUUCGAGUUCAUCUUUACCGAUCAUGGUUGCAGAUAGAACAAAAGAGUUAAACGAGAGCCAUGAAUCUUAUCUCAACUGGGACGACACAUUUAUCGUUGGCGAAGCUCUCUGCAGCCAUUAUUAUGAAUGGGAAAUUCGUGGAAGGAAAUCAUGUAGUCGAAAAUUUUACAUGUCUGAGUCAGGACAUAAUAGUCUGGAACUAGCACUGCUGAAUAGACUAAAAUAUGCAACUAAGGCAUUUAGAUUAGAUUGUCCAGCUACAUAUAUGACGGAAGAACAGUUAGUUAAAGAUGCUGUCAAUGUUUUGCUUGGCAUUCCUAGUAGAACAUUUAUGUUUCAAAACGAUAAAAAUGCAGUCGGUAAAUUUUAUGUUCGGGCUGAUGUCUACCUUUCCGGUAGAAGUUCUUCCAGUUUGGUUAAGCUUCUAAAAGAAAUUGGUGAUAUAGGAACCUGUUAUGUGCACUUACGAGAUUUUAUGAGAUCAGGCACAAAUACUGCUGGAUUAGUUGUGAAUGCUUUCGUAAAAGCUAUAGAUAUAUACUUGAAUUAUUAUUCAGCAAUCAUAAUUUCAGUAGCAGGCAAGCGACAAAUAUAA